AUGAUGGUGUUUGAAAGCAAUAACAAACGUCCUGCUACUGAGGAACUACCGGAUAUAGAAUCGAAGAAACCCAGGGUUGAUAUCGUGGGUUCUACAGAGAUAUACGUGGAAGCUGGUAAUGAUGCUCAUUUCUCAGAUGAAAUGUAUAGAAAAUUUAUAAAAAAUGCUCUUGAUGAACUAGAAAAGAAUGAUCCAAUGCAAAUAAAUGCCAUAACGAGUCAGAUAUCCCUGUCAGCGAAGAAUCCUGAUAGAAUUAGUACAAAGAAUUUUACUAUCCUUCUGGAAGUACUUUCAAACAAUAUAAACAAAGUGGAUUCUUCCAAGGGUUUGCCUCUGAUUCAAUGUAUCAUAAAUUUCGAAAAAUGGUGGGAACUUCCUGAUCCUGCCUUAGGUAAAUAUAUAUUUUUCAUUAAGGUACUUUGUUCAAGUAUACCUAAAUGGUGGCAAGAUGUGGCUAUGAUAAUGAUAUCCAGCUUCAUCUUGAGUUCUGAAAAGACUACACAACACCAUGAAUUACUGAAGUACUUCUUACGCAUGAUACCUUCCUCUAUGAGUUAUAUCGACUCAUACCUGAUAAGGUAUUUCCCUAACAAAAAUGACUCCAAGAAGAACAUAGUCAACUACAUAUCGAAUGUCUUGAUGCUGACUAGCUAUUGUCAAGAACUGAAGUUUCAAGCUUGGUCCUUGAUCAUGGAAAGAGUCAUCUCAAUUGAUGUUGAGCUACAAAAUGAACUAGACGAGUUGGAUGAUGAUAUAGAUGAUGAAAUGGUAGACGAUGAUGGCGACGACAGUGAUGAAGAUGAAGAUGAUGAGGAUGAAGAUCAUAGUGGCGCUGAAGAUGAUGCGGAAGAUGAUGAGGAUGAAGAUGACGGUGAUGAUUUCGAUGACGCCGAUGGCCAAGAAGAGUACAAUAUUGAUCUCACUCAAGGUAUCAAGGAACUGUCAAAUAAGCUUGAUGCCAUUCUAUCUUUAUUGAGUUCGGAGAUUAUCAAAGACAUGACACCAGAGAAGCUUGAGAGUGGUGAAGGUAUUGGAACAUUCAAUACUCUGACCACUUUGUUCAAAACUCACAUUCUACCAACAUACUAUACCCGUUCAGUGCAAUAUAUCAUGUUCCAUCUCUCACAACAACAACUCGAAUUGAUGGAUUCAUAUCUCGUCACAUUGAUAGAUAUUUCUUUUGCUGCAAACGAGACAUCAGAAAAGAGGAUCAAAUCUUUACAAUACCUGGGAUCAUAUAUUGCUAGAGCCAAGAAGUUGUCAAGAACACAAAUAGUCUUUGUUGCAAGCUACUUGACAUCUUGGUUAAACCGUUACGUGAUAGAAAGAGAAGAGGAAGUUAACCAACCUGGAGGUAUGGACAGGUUCAAGCAUUUUUAUGCAGCUUUCCAAGCUCUAUGUUACAUCUUUUGUUUCAGACAUAAAGAUUUGCGGGAUGUGGACGGUAGCUGGGAAUGUGAACUGGACAAGUUCUUCACGAGAAUGGUUAUUUCCAAAUUCAAUCCGUUGAAGUACUGCAAUGAGAACGUUAUGCUAAUGUUUGCAAGAAUUGCCCAAGAGGAAGACGUCGCAUAUUGUUUCAGCAUCAUUGAAAACAACAACAACGAAUUGCUAAGAGGUAUUAUGGGUAAAGCGGACUCCUCUAGAGGUGGUACUCCUACACCAAUGGGACCAGCAACAUCUUGGUCCUUGGCCACUAGGCAACAAUUUAUAGAUUUACAAAGCUACUUCCCAUAUGAUCCAUUGUUCCUAAAGAAUUACAAGAACAUGAUGAAGGAGUAUUACAUCGAGUGGAGCGAAGCAGGCGGAGAAUAUGAAAGCGAUGGAUCAGACGAGUGA